UGUGGCGUCAUCUCCUCGCGACGCGGCGCGGCGCCUGCGGGAGAUCUGGGUCAUCGUGGAGGGUCAUCGGCUACAGUGACAGGUUCCCUGUGCGCCCCUGCUUGGCCUGGCCUCAAUUUCCCACCUACUGAGUAAAGUUCUGCACUGCGGGUUUACGAGGUCCCUCCGCCGCCAAGGUGGCGGCCGCAGGUCCUACAUCAGGACCAGUGACUUUCCUACAGCCACCACAGCUCUAAGAGAAAACAAUGCCUUUGGGCAGCCUGCUUGGGUAAGCAUAGUAUUCCAGUCCCCUCAGGCACAUCCCAAGACACCCUAUCCUCUCCUGGAAGGGGCCAUUACCCCCUAACCUCAGUGCUGGAAGGCUUGUUGUGCCCUGAAUCACCCACUGUCGUCUCUGGUUGCUGUCAUACCCUGACAGUGGCUGGCCUGGCAUUUAGUGCCAUCUGGCUCAUCUUCAUCCGUCAGCCAGUCACUGCAUGUCUGUCUGUAGCCUGGUGAGAUACUGUGUUCUGAAGGCAGCCUCUCCUGCACCCCGCCACCUGCACACAUCCUCUUGGAGAGCUGACAGCAGCAGGGCUUCACUUACUCGACUGCGCCGCCAGGCCUAUGCUCGCCUCUACCCUGUGCUGUUGGUCAAGCAGGAUGGCUCCACUCUCCAUAUACGAUACCCGGAGCCACGACGUAUGCUAGCGAUGCCCCUAGACCUGGAUGCCCUGUCUCCAGAAGAACGCCGGGCCCGGUUUCGAAAACGUGAGGCUCAGCUCCAGCAGAAGUGGAAGGAAGAGCCAGAGAUGGUUGACAGUUUUGAUACUGAACGAUAUAAACGGUUUUGGACCAAGACCAAGAAGUAACUGUCAGGGAGUUAUAGCAGCGACAUUUUGUAAGGAUGGAGGGGCAUCUGUAAAGCAUACGUUCUGUAAACCAUG